CGGACGCCAGCAUGGUCGAGAUCUCCGAGGGGAUCUUGGAGCUGGUUGUGGACAUUGUGCUGGUGAGAGACCAGCUGGCCAACUCGGGUACCAAUCUGUCAUGGAAGAUGUGUCAAGACCCUCCCUGCACGGCUUUUGCGCUCGCCGUGGGGAAACUGGAUUGCUGACAUGGCCUGUGAUAUGGCCACUGCAGGUGACAUACUACGGCCUCCCCGCGGUGGGUAUCCUGCUGCUGGCCAUUAUCCGGCGGCACAAAUCGACCACCGCCACGAGAACGAAUGAUGCAACACAACCCGCAC